UAGAGGCAAUUACAGCACAGGCUCGGGUUAGAGCAGCUGCAGAGCAAGCACAGGGGCCGUGGGUGUACCAGAGGCACCUAAACCCACCUGGAAGUCCCAAAGGGCUUCCUGGAGGAAGUGACAUCCCAGUUGAAGAAUUUGAGUUGGCCAGACUGAGGCUGGAUGGUGGCAAAUACCCUAUGCAGGGGAACUCUUGAGUUCAAAAACCCACUGGAAGGGCAAAGCAGUGGACAGAGCCCACAGAACUGCGGGGCAUGGCAUCUGGCUGGAGGGGAAGGACCAGUGGCAAAUGACUGGCGUAGGGUAGACGACAGGGGCAACUCAAGCCCAGCAAAGGAGUGUGGUGGAUACCCUGAAGGGUUUAUUCUGCAAGAGCUUUAAGCAAGGGAGUUCCUUUUUCACACCUGAAAAGCCUUUCCCAAGUCCCACCUCCCCCCAGGAGGCCAACCUAGGCACUUGGGGCUUUAAAGGAAACAGAGCAAGGGGCUUAUAUGGGCUCCAAUCCAGGUAUGAGGGUAAAGGGUCUGGGUUUGGGGAUCAGCUGGUGUUGGGAUUUGGGGGCCCGAGGCAGGAUUCGAGUCUGGGGCUGGGAUUUGGGGGCUGAAUUCAGGAACAAGAGUCAAAGUUGUAGUCUAGGAUCUAAUUCCAGAAUAUGGAAUUGGAUUUGGAAAUGGGGCUUGGGGUUGGGGCUGAGAUGUGGGCUAGUUGGAGCUAGGAAAUCUAAUUAGGGUUUGAAAGUGCACCUGGGGUUGGGAUUAGGUUUAGGAUAGAACUAAAACUGAGCUAGGCUUGGAGCCUGGGCGAUGGGUUAGAGUCCCGACUCUGGGUCAGAUAGACAACUUUCCUCCUACAGCCCAGAUCUGAGAAUUGUGUUCGAGCCCUAACAGCCAGCAGAGAAGCCCCUCCCUUCCCAGGAAUGCCUCAGCCCCGGCAGAUGGAGCUGUGCCACGUCAGCCAAUCGGCUCAAGCCCUGCCUAGGAAACACCUGUUGAUCCCCCUCCCCCACCACACACACACCCCCAGGCCUUACCUGGAUGCAGGUUAAGCAGGUGAAGCGCCUCCCCGGAAACGGAGAUGGAAUGCCCCACCUGCCUGGCCCAGCCUGCUCUCAUCGGAUCCAGCACUUCCAGGCCUCUGAGCCAGCCGUGACAGCUGAGGCCAUGUGAGGCAGAUCCUGAAUGAGGCUUUAUCUCUGCUCUUGGUCCUACCAUCCACUGUGACACCAGCUCCUUCGGCGGCGGCCGGGAUGGGACAGGCAACUGAGAGAGCCAAAGAGGUGAUGGUGACCACACCCCGGACGGGGAGAGGAACGGGACUCUGGGCCUCUAGCUGCCAAGCAGGUGGUGGGGGCUCUAGGCCAUGACCCAUACCCUCUAACCCCUGACACUGCCCUCUGCCCUCUCGCCUGCCCCUCCGGCCAUGUCUGAAGGAGAGGCUCCAGCCCCGCCGGGUCCGGGGGGGCUGCCCCCAGACAUGCUGGGAGAGCAGGUAGAGCUAUGGUGGUCCCAGCAGCCGCGGCGCUCGGCACUCUGCUUCGCCGUGGCCGUGGUCCUGGUGGCGGGCUGCGGGGCGGGUGGCGUGGCGCUGCUGUCCUCCACCAGCAGCCGCUCCGGCGAGUGGCGGCUGGCGACGGGCACGGUGCUCUGCCUGCUGGCCCUGCUGGUGCUGGUCAAGCAGCUGAUGAGCUCGGCCGUGCAGGACAUGAACUGUCUUCGCCAGCCCCACCAUGUGGCCCUGCUGCGGAGCGGGGGAGGGGCCGAUGCGCUCGUGGUGCUGCUCAGCGGCCUGGUGGUGCUGGUCACCGGCCUGACGCUGGCCGGGCUGGCCGCCGCCCCUGCCCCGGCCCGGCCGCUGGCUGCCAUGCUGUCGGUGGGCAUCGGCCUGGCUGCCGCGGGCUCACUUCUGCUGCUGGGCUUGCUGCUGUACCAGGUGGGCCUGAGCGGACACUGUCCUCCCCUCCACGCAGCAGCCCCCGCCACCCCCGGUGACCACAGCGGCCACGGCAGCACCUUCAGCAUCUCAGGCCGGCUGUCUGCUGGCCAGCGUCACGAGACCACGUCCAGCAUCGCCAGCCUCAUCUGACCAGGCCCCACUUCCCCUCGCCCCCCCCCCGCCCCAGCAGCCACAGGGCUGCGCCAGGCUGUCGGUGCAUGUGGGUGGGUGUGUGCUUGCACAGACGUAUGCCGGGGAGUGUGCGCGUCUAUCCAUCUCCCCGGGACUGUCCGACCCUCUGUGGGGCUGCGUGACCUGUGCUGAAGAGCCCACGUGUCCCCCUGCCACAGGAAGGCAUGGGGGUGUCUCCUCAGCAGUGGAGGGGGGUGUGACCCUGCCUCUCUCUGGGAUCCCUGAAGACUCUUGGCCCUUAUUCCCAGCUCCCCUCAAAUGCAACCCUGCCUUGUAACACCUGUCAGGGAGUUUCCAGGAGUGACUGUUACCUGCCUAGCCCGGAGACCAUCCCAGCAACUGUUCACUGAGGAGAGUAACGGGUGACAAAGUGAAAGGACACAGGCUCCAGGAAGUGCCGGGACUGGACUGGAAUCCCCCCAUUUACUACUCACCAGCUGGGGGCCUGGGGCAAGUGACUGAACCUCUCUGAGCCCUGGGUUCUAGAGAGUCACAGUCUUGUGCUGUGAACUGGAUCGUGAGGACCACAUGCCGUCGUGUGUGAAGGGACCAGGCACGUGGCAGGUGUGCAAUAAAAGUGGUGGCCGCUGUCA